AUGGAAGCAGACACAUCGGCAACCAACAUACAGAAGAAGGACUUACCUGAGUUCAAUUUCAAGAAUGUUAUGGGUGACGUUGUUGAUGCUAUAUACGCGUUAAUAUUUGAUCCUCAAGUUAAUCGUAUUGUUGUCCCAGUCAUGGUAUGUUUAACUUCAAUGAUAGCUAAAGUUGUCAUAUCGUUCGUUCCAUAUACUGAAAUUGACUUCUUAACUUAUAUGCAACAAAUUAAACUUAUCAAUGAAGGAGAAAUCGAUUACGCUCAAGUGAUUGGUGAUACUGGUCCUAUUGUAUAUCCUGCUGGAUUUGUCCAAAUUUUUCAAUUCUUAAGUUAUGUAACUGAUGGAGGUAAAAAUAUCUUACCUGGUCAAGUCGUAUUUAGCUAUGUAUUAACGGUUACAAACUUGUUGGUAUUAAUCAUUUACACUUUUACUGAUCAUAUUAGUCCUUGGCCUUUAUAUUUAUUAUUGGGUAGUAAACGAUUAAUGUCAAUCUAUGUCUUACGUUUAUUCAAUGAUUGUUUCACCACCCUUGCCAUGGUAGGAGUAACCUUAUUCCUUCAACAAGCUUCUUAUUGGCAUCAAACAAGUUCAUUAGCAAGUUUUCUUUUGGUUUUCUUAGCUAGUGAUUUAUUCAGUAUUGCCAUUUCCAUUAAAAUGAAUGCUUUACUUUAUUUACCUGGUUUCUUAGUGGUUAGUUAUUUCUUAUUAGAAGAAAAUGUCUUGAAAUUGAUCGUUGUAUUAGCCGUUAUCCCUGUUGUUCAAGUCCUUACGGGUUGGAAAUUCUUAUUACCAUUAUUUAAUGAUGAAGAUGCAAAACUGAUAAGAUGGAACUAUAUCAAUCAAGCAUUUAAUUUCAAGAGAAAGUUCCUGUAUCAAUGGACUGUCAAUUGGAAAUUUAACCCUGAAGUAAUCUUCUCCAGUGAUAAUUUCGCCGCUUCUUUAUUAUUUCUUCAUUUAUUUGUCAUUUUAAUAUUCACAUUCACAAGAUACUUAUCUCCCAAAAUAAUUCACAAGUCAUUCCGUCAACUUAUAAUAGACGCGUUCAAACCAAUAUCAACCAUAUCUCCUCAAAAUCUCUUUUUAAAUCACAAAAUAGGUCCCCAAUUAAUCUUCUUGGUAUUAUCAACAUCUAACGUUAUUGGAGUAUUAUUCUCCCGUUCCUUACAUUAUCAAUUCUUAUCAUGGUAUUGUUGGCAAUUUCCUUUCCUCUUACAUUCUACUGGAUAUAAUGUGAUCGUUUGUGGAUUGCUUUGGAUCGUACACGAAUGGACCUGGUUGAAGUAUCCUGCUAGUGCCAUAAGUUCUGCCGUAUUGGUUGGUACUUUGUCUAUUACUUUGUAUGGAGUGUGGAGUAAUGAAAAGAUCUGGUUUGAGAUUAAACCUGAUGUAAAUGAAUUGAAAGAAAAAGAAAAAGAAACUAAGACGGAAAACGAGGUUAAAAUGGAGACUUAG